GCGGAAGGAGCAGGCGGCCGCGGCGUCCCUCUUGCCCUGGGCUCUCGGUUCCUCGGCCUCGGCGUGCGUUCGGCAGCUCGCCUGCCAGUUGAUGAGACCACCUAUGCUCACUGGAAACGGUCCACGGGGCUGCCGUCUCCCCUCCAUCUCCAGCGUGACCUGUGCCAGAGAGCCGGAGAAGGUUCCAGAGAAAAGGGACUCUGGCAUGACCAAGGCGGAGAGGACCUACAGUGCUAGCUGCAGUGAUUUUCUGGAAUCUAAGGAAUGUUUUGCGAACACAACAUCCUCUCACAAAAGUGUCAGUUCCUCUUCUUCUGUUGAAACAGGCCCAAGCAUCAGUGAGUCUCCAGGCCUCCCCAGAGUGUCUGCUUACCUAGACAGUACUGCUGACUUGGAUCGGAAAUCCUCCUCCUCACAUUCUGAGCACUCCUCUGAAACAUCAUUGCCUGCAGUCCAGAAGCAUAAGUAUCCUGAGGAAUUCAGCCUGCUUAAGUUGCAGACAAAAGAUGGGCAUCGUCCUGAGUGGACAUUUUACCCAAGGCUUAGCAGCAAUAUCCACACCUACCACGUUGGAAAGCAGUGCUUUUUUAAUGGAGUCUUCCUCGGCAACAAGAGGUCUCUAUCAGAGAGGACGGUGGACAAAUGCUUUGGGAGAAAGAAAUACGAUAUUGAUCCCAGGAAUGGAAUCCCAAAGCUAACUCCAGGGGAUAAUCCAUAUAUGUACCCAGAACAGAGUAAAGGCUUUCACAAAGCAGGAUCAACACUCCCACCAGUGAACUUUUCAAUAGUGCCUUAUGAAAAGAAAUUUGAUACAUUUAUUCCACUUGAGCCUCUUCCACAAAUUCCCAGCUUGCCUUUCUGGGUGAAGGAGAAGGCCAACAGUUUGAAGAAUGAGAUACAAGAGGUUGAGGAGCUUGACAACUGGCAGCCGGCAGUGCCCUUAAUGCACAAUCUACUCUUUUCUGGCCGCAGAAACCAUGAGUAAAAAAAAAACCCAUACAACUGUUAGAUGAUUGAACUUCUGGAGUUGCAGGACUACAUUGCAUCCCCUGAAAAUCAGGGCAGUUUUCCCUGGAUCUGGUGUUUUCUGUGGGUACAUCUUGAUGGCCAGGCCUUAUUCCACUGCACCUCAGCAGCUGGCAGGUAGAGUUCCACUGCCAACUUCGGGCAGGAAGAGUAUGUCUGUGUGUGUUGGGGAGACAAAGGCAUAGAGAAAGGCCACAUGGGAAAAAUAUGUGCAUAUCAUAGCUGUUCCAGCUUUUGCUUCUUUCCAGCUACAAAGAGGUUGAACCUAUUAGAUGUAAAGAUCCCCUUCACCUCACUGUAGGUUCUUUGGUAAAUAUAAACGUGU